AUCAAAACUAAAUUGUCUGGAAAUCACCACAAUUAAUACUGCAUAGAAUGGGAUUUACUCCCUUUUCUUUGCUAGAUAAGGCAUAUGAACAAAUUAGAGAUACUGCUCUGGGACACUCUACUACCAAUUCUACUGCAACUUCCUUUUACUCUGCAAAGACAUCUGUUUUAAUCUUUGUAGCCCCUGAUGUGGAUUCACUAUGCUGCCUCAAGAUAUUGGUGACACUGUUAAAGUCAGAUUGCAUAUUGUACAGAAUAGUCCCAGUAUCCGGAUACAAUGGUCUGGGAGAUGCAAACGAUAUUCUCAUUGCAGGAAACACAGAUCUGACAAGUAUUAUCAUGAUCAAUGCUGGCGGAAUGGUCGAUCUGGAAGAAUUUUUAACACUAGAAAAGGAUGUCACGGUUUAUGUUUUGGACGCACAUCGCCCACUGAAUUUGAAGAAUAUCUUUGGAUCUGCUCAGAUUCAAGUGCUAGAUGAUGGAGAUAUUGUGGAAAUGAAGGAUUUGCAAAAGGCGUUUGAAGAGCUUGAGUUUGACGGGGACGAAUCAAGUGACGAAGACGAAAGUGAUACAACUGCACUAGAUGAAGAUGAAGAAACCGACAUGCAUACUAAUGAAAGUGGGGGUUUUAAGCAAGACUUUGAAGAUGAUCAAGACUCGAUUGGCAAAAGCGAUACUGAUGAAGAGCGUGCAAGACAACGAGAAAAGCGACGAAGAAGACGAGAGUAUCAACGCCAAAUUGCAGAAUACUAUUCGGGCGGCACGUAUCAUGGCAUGGCAGCAUCUGGACUCAUGUUUGCUCUUGCCUCACAGCUUGGCAGAUCAAACAGCGAUUAUCUUUGGUACGGAAUCGUUGGACUUACGGAUCAGUAUAUCCAAAACAAAGUUUCUCUUGUCAAGUAUAUUGAUCUUGUCAAAUCGUACCAAGAGGAAGUGAAUCUGACAACUAUUAGAGAAGGCCGUGCAGCAAAUUCAAUGACUACUGUUCCGAGUGGUCGAAGUGCUGAUGAUUAUAGCAUUCACUAUCAUGAAGAUUUUCGGUUAAUGCUUUUGAGGCACUGGAAUAUGUAUGACAGUAUGUUCCACUCAGAGUAUGUUGCUACUAAGCUUGGUAUUUGGCGUUCAAAGGGUCGUCAAAGACUCACCAAUUUACUUGUGAAAAUGGGGUUUCCACAAAAAGAGUCCAGACAAAGCUAUAGAGAAAUGGGGUUAUUAUUUAAAGAACGAAUCAAACCCAAACUUCAAGAUUUAGCACCACGAUUUAAUAUGCCCGACUUGAUUUUCCCAUCAUUUAUACGCAAUUAUGGCCACAAUACCCCACUUUCUGCCACGGAUGUUGCCUAUUCGUUGGCAGCGUUAAUAGAUUUUGGUGGUGGUGUGGGCACACGAUCCAAUGCGGGGAGCAUUGCUUUGCGUAUAUUAGCUGAUAGCAAUUAUGCCCAAGAAGGUGGUGAUGAUCAGCCUGAUUGGAUACGUAAUUUUUACACCGCGUACGAUGCACUAGAUAGUGUUCAUUGGUUGCAUCAUGGGAUUUUGCUUGCUAUUCAUAUUCAACGUAUUCUGGUGCGUACUGGGAUGAUGCUGCUUGAUAAAAAAUCUGUACAAACACUUCAAAAGUUUCAAAUGUUAUCGCUUUUGUCGCUUGCUAGUGACGGUGUAAGCACUAGUGGAUCAAAUACUGUCGGUGCAGGGAGCGAUGCAGCAGUAUUUGGGUCAUCUAUUAUGAUCUUGCACCGUUUGAUGGGAUUUCUCAUGGAUGCUUUUGCAGAGCAUCGCAAGUCUUCUAAACGACUUCCAUUUGUUUUGGUUGCGUGUUUGGAUAAGGAUGCGUCAUCCUGUCUUGUUUUGGGUAGAUCAGAGACUCAAUAUAUUGGAGAUGCGCACAAAAAUCCGUUUGGUCUUGCUUUCCAGAGUGCAGCAGAGCAGAUUGGGGUAGAAUUAAAGCACGAUAGUUUCGAGGCAUCUGCUGUUUAUGUCCAAAAGGAUGAUUUAUCUGCGUUUUUGGAGAAUCUCCAAAUGGCAUUAUAGGUUUUAAAUAUACUCAUCACAAUCGUUUUAGUAAACAUUGUCUCGAAAUAUAUAGUUCUAUUAUAGCAUGUUGGAUAAAGCACCGAAUGCUAUUUGGUUUAUUCU